UCUGACAUUUGUAAAUACGUACGUAUCGGCAGCACCACUAAACAACAAUAACAAAUAAGACACAAAAAAAGUUGCCGACACCGCCACCAACUGAUUAUAUUAAAAAAAGUGAAAUUAGAAAUAAAUAUAAUUUUUUGAAAUAAAAUAAAAACAACUGCCAAAAUAAGAUAAUCACCGCGUGUUCGAACAUGAGUUUCCUAAUUAAAGCCACAUAUAGUCUAAGAAAUUCAUAUAAACCUGGAUUGAGAUGUUUGUCAACGGGACAAUACAAUCACACCUUACUUUCAAACAACAACCAACAACACAAACAACAAUAUAGAUAUGCAUCUGGAAAUGCUAAGGGGGCCAAAAAUCAAACUGCCGUUUAUACACUUUUUACACUGGGUGGCAUAACUUUGGGCUAUUUGUUUUUCGAUAAUUUGGAAAAUUUGAAGAAGGUUGCCGCACAAGCAAAUAAAAACAAUGUAAAGACAGCAACAACACAAAUUAAAGAGCAAAAUUCCAAUAAGAAUGAUGUCAGUGACGAUGGUGACGAUGCCUACAAGAAAUGGCAUUCAACGGAACGCAAAGAUUUGCCCACAUUCAAAUUGGAAGAUGUACAAAAACACAACACCUUGGAAAAAGGCAUUUGGGUAACCUAUGGCAUUGGUGUGUACGACAUAACUGACUUCAUACCCAAACAUCCGGGUAGUGAUAAAAUCAUGUUGGGUGCCGGUAGUGCCAUUGAUCCAUUCUGGGCAAUUUAUCAGCAACAUAAUAACAAGGAAAUUCUAUCGCUUUUGGAAACAUAUCGCAUUGGUAACAUUUCGCCCGAAGAUGAGGUGUCUACAGAUGAUAUGGGUUCACCAUGGGCAAUGGAACCCAAAAGACAUCCAUUGCUAAAGCCCGCAUCAGAGAGGCCAUUUAAUGCUGAACCACCAUUGACAAUAUUGGCAGAGAAUUUCUAUACCCCUAAUGAAUUUUUCUAUGUUCGAAAUCAUUUGCCUGUGCCGGUUAUUGAUGUAAAGACCUAUGAAUUGGAAGUGGAAAUUGAAACGGAUAAGGCAGGAGCCAAAAGCACACAAAAAGCAUUGAGUUUUGAGGACAUCAAAGCAUUACCCAAACACAGUGUGACAGCUGCCAUAAUGUGUGGUGGUAAUAGACGUUCGGAAAUGACAGAAGUCAAAAGUGUUAAGGGACUAUCAUGGGGUGCCGGAGCUGUGGGCAAUGCCAAAUGGUCGGGAGCCCGCUUGCGUGAUGUCUUACUGGCCAUGGGCGUACAGCCAAAUGAAAACCUUCACGUCAUAUUGGAAGGUGCUGAUCUAGAUCCCACCUCCAAUCCUUAUGGUGCCUCAAUUCCUCUUUCCAAGGCAUUGGACGAAAGAGGCGAUGUCAUUUUGGCCUAUGAAAUGAACGACAAACCACUUAAUCGCGAUCACGGUUUUCCCAUACGUGUAAUUGUGCCCGGUACUGUGGGUGCACGCAAUGUCAAAUGGUUGACUCGAAUUGUGGUGGCAGACCAUGAAUCCAAUUCUCAUUGGCAGCAAAAUGAUUACAAAGGAUUCAGUCCCAGCACCGACUGGGAUACAGUAGAUUUUACCAAAUCACCAGCCAUACAGGCAAUGCCUGUUACCUCGGCCAUUUGCACACCUCUUCCAGGUGAAAAGGUUAAAGUGAGUGCAGAUGGUUUUGUGGAGGUACGUGGCUAUGCUUGGUCUGGUGGUGGUCGUCGCAUUGUACGUGUAGACUUGACGGCAGAUAAGGGUAAAUCAUGGCAUGUCGCUACUUUGGAACAAGAAAACGAGCCUGAUGGCCGUCACUAUGGCUGGUCGCUGUGGACAGCACGCAUACCCGUCGACACCAAACUCAAGGGCGAGGAAGUGGAAAUUUGGUCUAAAGCUGUGGAUUCAGCUUACAAUGUACAACCUGAAACAUUCGCAAAUAUUUGGAAUUUGAGAGGUGUGCUUUCCAAUGCUUAUCAUCGUGUUAAAAUAUUGUUGAAUUGAAAUUGGAAAUAAUAUAUAUUUUCCCCUAUUGGAAUAAGACAGAUAAUGCAAUAAAGAA